GACAUUAUGAAUGUGGCAACAGUGAGCCGCCUUCAUGCUUGCCCACAAGGUUUUUUUUCCACGGCCGGAGUCGGCGCCAUUUUGAGAUGAACGAACGAAGGGGAGAAAUCCGCAGGCAGCCUCAGAGAAACGGUCACCCGACAGCUGGAGAGACCUAGCCUGGCAAAAGUUCUCUGAGGAAUCUGUGACAUUGUCGCAUCAACCAUCUGUUAGACGAAGUUAGAUAGUGAAACAACUUUCUACAGAGCCAGCAAAGGCUAUCUACUAACCAUUGAAGAAUUGUUUUAUGGUGCUCUUACCUGUUUUGAAUUAGACUCUCUCUUGUGCCAGAAUGUCAUUCGAUGGGGUUCAACAAGAUCAUAGUCGUGGCAUGAAGAAAGACAGUCAUAAUAUUGGAUUCUUUCAGUCUGCAAACGCCCAUGCCAAUCUUGGGAGAAUGAACCAAGGUGCACGAAUGGGUGGCUAUCUGAAUUUUGGACGUGGUCAGGCAGUGGGCCUACAAGCUAUGGAACAAAUGCAUCAGAAUAUAAUAUCUUCAGGUAUUGGUCCUUCUCGAUCCAGCAGUGGUUUGACUUCCUUGUUUGAUAUGAGCAGCCGUAAUCAGCCCUCACUUGCCGCUCAGAAACGGAUUGAUGCGGACAAGGCCAGUAAUAUUUUAGCAACCUUUGGCCUUUCAUCCAGAGACUUGGAUGAACUGAGCCGCUAUCCUGAAGACAAACUUACCCCCGAAUCCUUGCCAGACAUUCUUUUGCAACUUAAAAGAAAAAGAAAUGAUGUUGGAGCAUCUUUGAAUUACAACAGAGGUGACAUUUCUCCUCGGGAAGAUCGUUCCUUCAGAGCCUCCCGUAGUGAGUGGGAGGAAGAAAGGCGCUUUCGGAAUAAUUUUGAAGGUCGUGAUCCUGAUGCUGAUCCUGUGGUCAAUUAUGACCAUGGUUCUUCUCGAGAGCUGAAUUUUAGAUAUUAUGACAGGAAGGACUAUGAGCCUGAACGAUUACGAGGUGAUGACUUCCGUAGGGAUGAUUUGCAUUUGUCUGACCCAAUGUAUAAAUAUGAUUCUGAUUAUGGAAAAAUGGGGCUGCCUUCUCGUGGCCAAGAAAGGUCCCUUUUUGAAAGAAAACGAGGAUCUCCUUCACUGAGCAACGUAAACGAUUACCAUGGCUUCUUGCCAGGAAUGUUCCCUCACUUGUGUUCGCUGUGUGAUGUAAAUGUUCAUUCUGUAAAGGAGUGGAACCAGCAUAAGAAUGAACCAGCACACAAAAGACGUUGCUUGCUGCUCUUGGAGAUUUACCCUCAAUGGGUUCCAGAAGAUGUACCAUCUACAAGGAACAAUCCUGCUCGACAGUCCAAUCUUGCUCCAGAUGCUGCGUCUGCAAUCCUCGCAGUCAUCAGACAGUUGGAUGCACGGGACCCUCACGGAGGCAACAGAAAAGGUCAAAUCCAGAACAAGCGAAACAUGGCAGUGGAUGAACCUGGCAGAGUACUUCAUAUGACAGAAUUGCCCAAAGGAAAAUGCAAAGUGAAAGACAUUCUCAAACUUGCUCAACCAUUUGGACCUAUUGCAAAGUACUUGCUUUUAAAUACAAAGAGUGAGGGGUUUGUACAAAUGGCCACAAGUGGACAAGCUCAAGCAGCAGUCGCCUAUUACAGUAUGAAUCCAGCAAUUCUUUAUGGCAAGAAGGUUCGAGUGGAUAUAUCUCUCAAAUACAAAGAGAUAGAUUUGAAGAAACAAAAACAAGAAAGUGGUGGCAGGGUGGCGCUUCUCCAGAACCUUCCUCCCUCUGGGUAUUCGGAUGCUGAUGUUGUGAAAAUGGGCACCAGCUUUGGGAAAGUACUUAAUUACAUUGUGAUGAGACUGAGGAACCAGGCCUUUCUGGAAAUGGAGUCAAGAAAAUGUAUGCUAGAAAUGGUGAAACACUACAAGAAAAAACCUCUAAUAUUUCGAGGUAGAAAGGUAACUGUGGAUGCAUCUCAGAAGUACAGAACUCUUGUACUGAAGAAACCAAGCAUUAAGGUUCAAGAAGUGUUGAAGGACCAGGAUAAAGCAGAUAGAAGAAGACGACGUUCCCGCAGUCCUUUUAAGAAGAAAGUACCAAGCAAAUCUAAGAGCUCUCCAAAAGAUGAUGGAGAUAAAGGAGAGCAGGCAACCUCAGAGGGUUCACCUUCAAAAGCAAUCAAGAAGGAUAACUCUGAGGGAGAUAGUGAACUGGAAAUUAAAUCUGAAGAAAAAAAGGAAGAUUCACAAGAAGCAAUUACAGUUGUUGAAAGCGAUGUGGAACUUGAUGAAGGAGGUGUGGUUGAGGGGCUCUGCAUUAGCGAAUCAGAUAAUGAAGCUGAUCAAGAUUUACUGAAGGAAACGGUACAUGAGAUGGAAGGAUCUGACUUGGUGGAAUCAGAUUCGAAAACAGACAUGGCAACAAGCGUGCAAAAUGCAUCAGGACCAGCUGAAACGGUGCCAUCUGUACAAAGGAGCAAAACAAAUCAACAAGCAUCAUCCCAGGAGCCGAAGCAAGAAUACUUUCCUGAAAACAUAGAUGAAUUUGUAACUGUGGAUGAAGUUGGUGAUGUGGAAGCUGGAAAUCUGGAUCUGGAAGAUCUGACACCUUGUGCAGAGAGUAGUAAACUGGAAACUGAUGAAGCCAAUGUAAGCAUUUUAACAGAGAAAUCAGAGGACACCACUGAGCAAAAAGAAGAGGAUGUAGAGAAACCUAAAGUAAAACAUGGUCAAAAGAGGGGAAAGAGCAUCAAAACUAAAAGAACAGAAAGUGACCAAAAAGAUGGUAGUGAAGAUGGAAAUGAGCUGAUUGACAGUAAGAUGGAAUCAGAUGAAAAGAGUGAAAUGCAGGGAGAGACAAUCUCAACUUGUGCAGAACCGGAAAGCAAGCGUGCUCGAUCACGAUCUCCUACUCCAGAUGAGUAUCGACUUGGACCAUAUCAGCCCAACAACCCUGUAGGACUAGACUAUGUGGUUCCAAAGACUGGAUACUAUUGCACACUCUGCUGCCUCUUUUACACAAAGGAGGAAGUGGCAAAGAAAACCCACUGUAGCAGCCUGCCUCAUUAUCAGAAGCUGAAGAAAAUCUUGAACAAGCAAGCUGAAGAUUACCGGAAAUCCAAAAGAGAACAAAGCCCUGAAGUGGAGAUCAAAGAAAUAACUGACCAGUGAUUCUACUUAUGAUAGUCUGUAACACCUAACCUAUUAGCUGCAAAUUCUUUUAGCAUCCUGAUUUUAUUGGUUAUUAUUUUUAAUGUUUAGAUGUCUUAAUUUUGUAAUGUACAGACAUGCAUGAAUAGAUUGGCAACAGUGAUUUUGUUUGCAGUAACGAUUUGUUAAAUAAGUAAGUUCUCAGGAUAGGGACAGUCAACUUUCAAGGGUAUUGAAUUGAUGGAUUUCUAAGUUAUUGUUAGAAUAUGAGUUCUUGAGUUAUUCCAGGAACUGCUUUGGGUCAAGUACCAUAUCUGGGUUACUUUAAGGAAGUUGGUUGAUUUUGUAAGGUAGUAAUUUGAAAAUAUCUGGCAAAUGUCAAGUUUUAUUGUUGCAGUAAAGAAAACAGCUUGGCAAGUAUCAAUUAUGUGAUUACUAAAAUCUGCAGAAGAAAUAUCUAAUAUUCAUUUGUUCCAGCAUAUUUGUACAAUAACAAAGCUUGCAUGGCAUUGGUGUUAAAGGGUAAAGAAAGUGCUGAGAUGGUGAGAUUUUUGAGCUAUAAAAAUGGUAGAAAUUCUGGUAAUUUUGUGGAGCAAAAUUCUCUGCAACUGUUAAAGAUUAUAUUUCCUUUGAUUUGAACUAAUGUCAAUCUUUUGUUUUUAUAACAUUGAGGUUGAGGGUUGCUGCAAGUUGAGAAGCCAAUUUCAGUCUUCAGCAAGUUAUAAAAUUUUGGUUCUAGUAAACGAUUUAUUUAGAUGAGCUUAAAAUAAAAUGCACAUAAAUCAAUACAAAUCAAUCAACAGUUUUGUUUUUGCAGUGUCUAAUUCAUGCUGCAAUUACUGAGGGAAUUAUUUAUUGACUAACAUAUCAGUCACUUUACAACUUUGACUUUUCACCAAAAUACACAUCUUACAAAGUUGAUUUUUAACAAAUUUAUCAAAUUGGACCACAAGAUAGAGGUGCAGAAUUUGGCUAUCUGGCUCAUCAAAUCUGUUCUGACAUUUGGUUUAUUUUCUCUCAGCCCCAUUAUUUUGUCUUCUCUCCAUAACCUUUGAUACCCUUACCAAUCAAGAACCUAUUGGCCUCUUCUUUAAAUUUGGCUUUUGUCUCAACUGCCAUCCGGGGAAAUGAAUUCCAUAGAUACACCAUCUUCUGGCUAAAGAAAUUCCCUGGUUUAAGAAUGUUUCCUUUAAAGCAAAAGUUUGAAUUAAAGUCGAGCAAAAAAAAUUAAACUUCUGGCUUGGUGAGAAAUGUUCUGAAACUAGGAACAUUAUAUUAAUAUUUAAUAUUAGUCUUGCAGAAUCGUUACAGUUUGUUUCCAUUAAAACUAAUUUCAAGUUUUUAUUUUUUUAGGAGUUAGUUUGGUUACUUUACACAAAUAGGAAUAAGAGUGCGCGAAAGGAAUUUUGUAUUAAAAUAUUGUUUCUAUUGAAUAACCUAAAAUUAUACUACACUGUGUAGUAUUCAUUUCUGAACGAUAAAACCAACUUGUAUUAGUUACCAAUGAUCCAUGCAAAUUGUCAAAAUUUGCUAACAAAAUGCACAUUUACUUGACCACAGUACUUUAAAAAAAUUAUCUAUAUGUACUCAGAAUUGAACAAGUUCCCAAAAAGUCAGUCCCCUUCGAGUUAUCCUAUUGUAAGCUUGUAAACAAGUGAAUUUAAGCAACUCUUUGACAAAACUUUGUGCAUUUAAACAAAAUUUACUGUAAAUAAUUUUAAUAACUCAUUCUUGUGACUUAAGGUUAUUGUCUGACUGGGAUUCUAUUGCUAGUUUGCUGAUGAUCCUGUUGUUAAAAAUUGUUCCUUUUUUUAGUAAAUUUUGUCUUUUGGGUGCUAUGCUUUAACGUAGUUAGCAAUUUUAGAUGUCAGAUUCCCAAUGCUUACAGAAGUUUUGGUUUGUUUCUUGAUAAAUAUGACAUAAUAGGCAUUGUGCUUUUUUUGGCAAAUGUAUAUACCCUGCAUGAGUGUGGAAUAACAAAUGCUUCCAGAAGAGUACAUUUGCUAAUAAUGGUGUCUGAACCAAAUACAACAUGGAGUCACGUGUUUUAUAAAGGAAAUUGUGUGAGGCACUGCAGGUUUAGUCAAGAGGCAACAAAGUAUUAAAACUGCUGUUAUGUCAUGUUUUGGUUUGAGUAGAAACAAGUAGUUUUGUAAUUCUUCGAAUAAAGCUCCAGGUUCCAAUAAUUGCUUGAAUUUCUCUGCUUUUGCUUUUCUGUUGACAAAUGUGUAAUAAAGGAUUUUCAGGACAAUUUCA